ACUGCAUUCAAGUGCUUAGUCGGAGAGGUAGGUCAUAUAGCGAGGAAAGAGAUAGCCGUGUUAUCUUUUUCCUAGGUAGUUGUAAACGAUGACGAGUGCGUAAAGAAAGGUCCUCCUCAGUUUCAAGUUGGAUUUGGUUCGUUCAUCCUCCUCAACCAGAAACUUAUUGCAGGAUUAUUUUUAGUUGGCUGCCAUAUGUUGAAAAUGACAGAGGAACGCGACAAGACACACAUGGAGCCCCCGUGCAGCCCUGCGGGCACCAACAGUUCCAUGUCUCAGGAUGACUCCGAUUCUGAUGCUCCGUCCUCCCCGACUGGCUCCGACGGACACGGCUCUCUGCUCUCGAGCUUGGGCAAAAAAGUGGAUGGGGAAGACGACGACAGGUUCCCUGCCUGCAUCAGAGAUGCGGUUUCCCAAGUUCUUAAGGGAUAUGACUGGUCACUGGUUCCUAUGCCCGCUCGGGGAAACGGCUCGCUAAAAAACAAACCUCACGUGAAGAGACCGAUGAAUGCCUUCAUGGUGUGGGCGCAGGCUGCGCGCAGAAAGCUCGCGGAUCAGUACCCCCAUUUGCACAACGCCGAACUUAGCAAGACACUCGGAAAACUAUGGCGUUUGUUAUCAGAGAAUGAGAAAAGGCCUUUUGUUGAGGAAGCUGAACGGCUGCGCGUCCAGCACAAGAAAGAUCACCCCGACUACAAGUAUCAGCCACGCCGGCGGAAAAGCGUGAAGCCGGGCCAGAACGACUCGGAUUCGGGAGCUGAGCUGGGUCACCAAAUGUACAAGACGGAACCCGGAAUGGGCGGUUUGGCAGGGUUAGCGGACGGACACCAUCACCCAGACCACACAGGUCAACCACACGGUCCUCCCACACCCCCCACCACCCCUAAGACCGACCUGCACCACGGGGGCAAGGGUGAGACGAAGCACGAGGGCCGGCGUCUGCUCGACAGCAGUGGCGGGCGGCAGAACAUCGACUUCAGCAACGUGGACAUCUCCGAGCUGAGCACCGACGUCAUCUCCAACCUGGAGGCCUUCGACGUGCACGAGUUCGACCAGUACCUGCCUCUCAACGGUCACCUGGCAGCCGGCGGCACCACCAAUGCCACUGGCCCCAGCAUGCCCGGCCCCGAACAUGGCCAUGGGCCCAACGCCGCCGCAGUAGGGGGUCCGUUCGGCUCGCCGUACAGCCACGCCGCCUCGGCCGCCUGGAGCCGCAAGAGCGCCCUCGGCGGUCCCCCCCCCUCCUCCACGGCGCCCCCCUCGGCCGACGGCGCCGGACAUCGCCCCCACAUUAAGACGGAGCAGCUGAGCCCCAGCCACUACAGCGAGCCCCCGCACGCGUCCCCCUCCCACCCCGACUACCCCCCUUACCCGCCCCAGCCCUGCGUCUCCUCGGCGGGCUCCGCCGCCUCCAACGCCUCCUCCUUCUCCAGCUCCCCGUGUGACUAUACAGACCUGCAGAGCUCCAGCUACUACGGCCCCUACGCGGGCUACCCCUCCGGCCUCUACCAGUACCCCUACUUCCACUCCUCCCGGAGAGCCUACGGCAGCCCCAUCCUCAACAGCCUCUCGCUGCAGUCCUCCCACAGUCCCUCGGCCAACUGGGAGCAGCCCAUCUACACCACCCUGUCCAGGCCCUGAGAGGGCCUGCUGGGGUCUCCCGAACUCUCUCACAUGCCACCCCCCCCACACACCCACACCCACA